ACUAGUUCCUGGUUGAUAGGACAACACGCUUUCGGCCACUGUUAGCUUAGCUCGCAGCUUCAACUUCGGAAAACAUGGAAUUGCUUGGUUCUUAGUUUGCCGACGAGAUACCAAACGACAUUACAAUAGAAACUGUAGUGUGCUGGUUGCAGAUCGCGUCCAAGGGAUGGCUCUGUAGACAGAGUUUGGUUUUGGUGGGCUUACCAGCUUGCAACCGCCAGCUAAGCUAGCUAAGUUGCUAGCUACACUACAGUCCAAAAUGACUGACUGCUGCGCUGCAGCGAACUGUGAUUACCAGCAGCGGGAGUCUGAAAACACCACUCCACUUUUCAGCUUCCCUUUGGACCCGGAGCGUUGCCAACAAUGGUUGAACAACUGCCACCGCCAAGAUUUGGCAUCACAGCCUCCAGAGCAGCUGCACACGCUGUACAAAGUUUGUGCUAAACACUUUGAGCCCUCAAUGAUUGACCACCAGACCGAGUCUAGCUGUGUGUUAAAGGAGGAUGCUGUACCUACAAUAUUCGACUUUACUACCCCUGUGAAUCCACAGGAAUCAUGUAACAGGAAGAGAACUAGAGACCCAUCAGAAGAGGAAGUUGCUGUUGUGAAGAAAUCAAAAGAAAAUGUACCGGAAAUAAAGGAAGAGCUAGCAGAAACUGCAGAGCCACAGAAAGAAAACCAAACCCAAGAGGACGUAGCCAUCUCAAAAGCAAAAGAGACUCUGAAAAUUUAUUUUAAGGAAAUCCUGGCACUGACUGGAUUCAGUAUCAAUGGGGCCAACGUCAGUGCCGAUGAGCCAAUUGGAGGUGUGCGGGGUCAGCGGGCUCACAAUCGUAUCUGUGUGGAGAAAAUAGACAAGAAGGAAAUCCUGCAGUUUGGCGAACACUUCAUGCAAGAGGAGAUCCAAAACAGCCUCAGACUGUCCAGAUUCUUCUCCGUUCUGCUUCAGGACGUGACAAACAUGGAGGGAAAGGAGCAGAUUCCAGUUUUCAUCCGGUCGGUAACGGUUGCAGGGUUCCCCCAGAAGCACCUGAUUGGCUUUUUACCGUGCGAUUUAGACGCAGAGAAUCUGUUCUACACGCUUCUUUCUGAGCUGAGAAACAAAUGGGGUCUGAGGAUGGAGCACUGUAGAGGACUCAGUUAUCUCAUCACAGGAAGCAUGUGUCAGAAGAUGCGGGAUCUUACCUGCAGAAUCCUGCAAGAGUUUCCACAGGUGGUGCUGUCACCAAGCGACCCAUACGCGUUCAACAUAUGGAUCAUUCGCUGCAUGCCUGUGCCCUCCAUCCAAAAAGUUGCAGAUACUGUAGAGGAGGUGGCCGUAUUGCUCCGGCGAAUACCAGAGCUCAGCAAACGACUGGACGGAAAGAUCCAGACGACAUACGGGCAUAUAAAGGGGGAAGUUGAACGGAUCAAAGCGGCUCUCAGUGGGAAUUGGGAAUAUGGCACCGAUGCCUUCCAGACCAUGCUAGAAAUCCUUGAGCCAUUCCUCACCUGCAUCAACGAGAUCAUUUCGAAGGUGGACGAAGAAACUGCUGAACAGAUGGCCAAGCUCAAGCCCGUUUUAAAGAACUUUAACUUCAUCAUCACACUUGUUGUUUUGAAGAACACCCUCUGCUGUGUGAGCAUCCUCAACUCCAGUCUCAGGGGUAUAAUAAGCAUCAGCAGUACCUUACAGUACACCAUUUCCAAUGCCUUAAAGCUGGUAAGCAAAUACCAACAAGAACUAGCAAUAUUUCACAGGAAAUGGUUUUCGGAUGCAGUCGGCCGAGCGAAGAAACUGGGCGUGGAGAUUAUUAAACCAGAGCUGGCCCAGGCAGACGCAAGCGAGACUCCGCUGGAGGACUUCUACAGAGAGACCAUGAGUCGGCCCAUCUUGCAGUAUCUUGUUGCAGAAGUGAAGAGAGUGUUCAGCACAGAGAUGGUGAGGAUUCUCCGAUGGCUCUCCUUGGUGCCGUCUUACAUGGCAGACCACAAUUUCAGCAUUCGCAGGGAUAAAGUAGCUGAUGCCAACCUGAACAACCUUGCGCGCCCUGACACGUUCUACGAAGAGCUUGGAUGUUGGGAGGUGAAGUGGAGGCACGCAAGCAAGCGUCGAAUCCUACCUACCACCGUGUUUGCUACCCUCAAGAUUCCAGACAUUGGGUUUUACCCAAAUGUUCAGAGCCUGCUGAGGGUGUUGGGAACCGUCCCAUGCGUAAAUGCAGAGGCCGACGUGUACGGACAAUACCACAUGGUACUAGAGCGAUGCCACUUCUACCUGAAAGCCACCCCACUGGACCAAAGACUGUGCAACAUGGCGUUUGUGUACGUGAACCAGGACGUGCACUUCAGUGUUGAAAAAAUGGUGGAGUCGUACAUCGAGAAGCAUCCAGACAUCCUGCAGUUGCUGCAGAUGGAUGAGGACACAACAGAGAACCCAUCACAAGUGGCAGUCCAUGGAAACCAUGCUGAAAAGGAUACGGAAGAAGAACUGAAGCAGAUCAAUCUAGAGAUGGACGCUGAUAGGCUUGUGGAGUUGAAAUGUGCAGAGACUGAUAGAGAAGCUCUAAAAUCUGCCCUGCAGGCUGCGGUGGUGGCUGCUUACAGCAGUCAGAGCAAGCUGCAGAGCGACGGCUGUCCCGCUCAGGACGGAGAGGUCGAGUAUGUGACCAAGUCUGAAAUGAAGGAAGUUCUCACUGUGUGCGAGAAUGCUGUCAGGGAGGGGAUCCUCACAGAGGUGGGAAGUUCCUUUUUUUCCCUCAUCAUUGACCGUGUUGUGAAACUCGGGGAAAAAGACUACCUACCCAUCUUCAUUAGGUUUGUUGACAGUUUUGAUGUCAUGCGCUUAGAGUUGCUAGGAUUCCUCGAGGCAGAUCUGGAAUGUGACGUCAUGGUACAAAGUCUUCUGCAAAAAAUAACAGUGGAGUGGCGUCUGGAUUUAGGUAACUGCAGAGGUCAAGCUUACCUUGGCUCUGGUGAUGUUUCCUACAAGCUGAAAGCCUUUGCCUGCAAAGUCCAGGAGAAGUAUCCUCUUGCUAUAAGCACACAUUGUUCAGCGUAUUCCUUCAACACAUGGUGGUCCAAAUCAAUCCCGGUGCCCGCAGUUAAAAGAGCCCUGGAUACGUUUGAAGACAUCCUAACGUUUUUUGGCAGCAGUGUUGCUCUAGAAAAACAGCUUGACCAUGUGAUAGCGUAUGGCCUCAGAGAGAGCUAUGAAAAGGUCCAAGAGUUACAGGGGACGUUCUGCGCUGUUUGGCAGGAGAAGCACGAUUCUUAUGAGGUGUUUGUGCAGAUGCUGGAGCCCCUGGUCGAAUGUCUGGAGAAGGUCAAGAACAACCCACAGAGAUGGAAGCUUUCCGUUUCGGAACGAGCCACCGCCCUUCUCCAAAAAGUCAUGGAGUUUGAUUUCAUCAUCACCAUGGUGGUCUUGAAGAACGCGUCUUCUUUUACCAGAGAGCUCAGUGCGGGUAUCCAGAAGGACCAGUUCAGUGCUGCCUCCCAGCUCUGCCAAAUCAGUGGGAUUGUGGCCACUCUGAACCGAGUGAAGACCAACAUGAAGUUGUUUCACCAGAACUGGUUUGAUGAGGCCUGUGCCAUAGCUCAGAGCCUUAGAAUACAGAUCGAAGUGCCUGACAACUCUCUUCCAAAAGAUGGCUUGAUAAAGCCAGCCACCUAUUACAAAGACUGCUUGAGUGUGCCCCUUGUUGACAACCUCAUCAACGCCGUCAAGGAUCAUUUCUCAGACGACCACAAAGAGGCUCUCAACUUCCUCUCCCUGGUUCCAUGCUCAGUCACAGUGAGCUACAUGUUCGAGAGCCUGAAGUCAAAGCCGCCCCUCUACAGCAGCGAUCUCCCUGACGCUGACAACUUCUUCACAGAGCUCUGUUGUUGGAGAGUAACGUGGAAGACCAAGGUGGCAUCGGUGACCAUCCCAAGCUCCAUAUUUCACACACUGCGCCUGCCGCUCAUGCAGUACUUUGGGAACAUCAAUAUCCUGCUGAGGAUCAUGUCUGUACUUCCCAGCACAACGCUGGAGGACUGUGGGGUUGUGAUGCGCCACAAGAAAUUCCAGGACUACCUGAGAAACACGGACCCUAAGGACAGAUCUGUGUGUUUGGCCAUGCUCCAUGUCAGCACGGACUUCAACAGGGAUCUGGACCGAAUGGUUAGCCAGUGUUUGAAGGUCACGCCACAAGCCUUGGAGGGCAUCUGUUUGGACAAGGAAUCAAAGAGUCUGAUCAGGACCACUGAAAAUAACAUGGAAGUUGACAAUAUAAAGGAGGACGAGGAGGAGCUCUGUGUUCAGCACUCACCUGAGAAGUUGCAAGACCAAGUGAUGAAAGCAGCAGAUGAGAAUGGGCUCACCGGCGACAACAGCCAGAGCCUGGCUACAGUUUUCAGGCUGGCUGCGCUCCUGGGCAGAAAGAGAAGCGGUCUCUGUGACCUCGCCGAGGAAGACCGAGAGCCUCUUGUUCAGGAGCUGAAGCUGUGCCACUGGUUUGGGAGCGAAAGCAAAAGCACCCCGUGGAUUAGUGACGAUGAAAUAGUGACCCUCCUAAUAAAUGGAAUCAGAGAUGUCAUACUCAGAGAAAUCCAGGAAUCUCCAUUUUUCUCCCUGAUCGUAGAUAGGGCAGUUAAAGUUGCAGACAAGACCCACCUACCCGUUUUCGUCCGCUACGUCGGGGAAGCCGCUCCAAAAGUGGAACUUAUGGGGUUCUUACCGUUUGAUGAAGGCAGCAGUGUUGAAAGGCAAGCAGCUAGCCUUGCAAAGAUUCUCACUGAAGACUGGGGCUUGCCCAUGUCUCAGUGCCGGGGCCAAGCAUUCAUGCAUUUGGGCCUAAGUUUUCAAGGUCUGAAGAAAAUGUCUUUAGACUUCCUCAGCAACUACCCACUUUGUGUCGUAACGCCCAGUGAGUCUUGUGGCCUCGCUCACUGGCUGGCCAGUAGUGUGCCUUGCCCCUCCGUGGCAAAGAUGCUGGACAUCACAGAAGAUCUGCUGCUGUUCUUUGAUGAAUCUCCUCACCUGGAGGAACAGUUGGCACAGGCCGUCGAUGGGCUUUUAAAUAUGCCAAGAGAGGCUUUAGAGGAAAUCCCAGAGACAUGCUGCUCAAAGUGGAAAAAACGAGAGGACUUUUUCGACAUCCUUGCCGAUACAUUAGAGGGCGUGCUCAGCUGCUUGGAUGCUGUUAGCUCUAGUGCCACUGGUGCCAAGUCGAUGCAUGCACAGGUUUUGUCUACUGCUUUGAGGAACAUGGAUUUCAUUAUCACUCUUGUGAUUUUGAAGAACGCCUGUGCCCCUCUUCGUAACUGCAGCACUGUUUUCCGCUGUGGAAACCCAGCUGACAUCCUUUGUGAGGUGGAAAAAAUCCCUUUGAUCAUAGGAACUCUGGAGAACUCGUUACAAAAUAUAAGCACCGUGCACGCUGCCUGGUUCGAACAGGCCUUCCUGUUAGCAACCAAGGUGGCUCCCGAACAAGUGUGCUUCUCAGAGGAAGCCAACAGCUACGAUUCUCCUGAGAUUUACUACAGAGAUACUCUGAGUAUUCCACUCCUCCAUAGUCUGAUUGAGGAAAUGAAAUAUAGCUUCUCAGACAGCCAUCUAAAAGCACUGUCUAUCCUGUCACUGCUGCCUUCUUGCAACCCUCAGCCCGUCCUGUCAGAGUCCGGAGAAAAGCCUUUCAGCCUUUACCUUACGGAUCUCCCCGAGCCUGAUGUGGCUGAGCAGGAAAUUAACGCUUGGGCUGCCUUCUGGAGAGAGAAAAGCCAGGAAAUUGCUCUUCCGACAUCUAUCGCUGAAGCACUUGUCCAUCCAGAGUCCAAAAGCCACCCGACUGUCACCUUACUCCUCAGACUGGUUGCCGUCCUGCCAAGUGUCGGCAUGGAGUGUGACCUGAUGAGGAGCACGCUGAACUCCAUGAGGGAUCUGUUUAAAAACACAGCAUGCCGAGGCAGCAGAAUCAGCCAGGUGAUGCUCUCCUCGCACCCCUCCACUUUACAGAGACUGCCAGAAGUCAUUGAGAAGUGCGUGGAGGUUGAUCCAGAGAGCGCUUCCUGUCUGUCCCAGGUAAUGAAAGUUCUCCAAAGGCUGAAGUUGGACAGAAGAGAUCUUGAAGUGAAAGUUGCGGAAGCAGCAGAGCUGCAGGAAUCCAGUGUAGCAGAGAAACCUGCAGCUGGAGCGGUGACUGCGCCAUGCCAGGAGACGACUCGGGAGGAAGCCGAGGGACCCAGGACGGCUGUGUCUUUCUACGAGCCGCAGCUGCGUGAACAGAUCCUAAAGGAACUGUGGGACUCUCAGUUCUUCACAAUUAUAACCGAGCAAACGGUUGAAAUUGACGGGGAGCUCUAUAUCCCAUUGUGCAUCAGGUACUUAAACAAAGAGGACAUCCAGUGUGAGGAAACGCUGGCUUUCAUCCCCUUCGCUGAAGACUCUCUUGCCCUCUCUGAGGCGAUAGAAACCGCCCUGUCUGAGAAGUGGGGACUCAACAUGGAGUAUUGCAGAGGGCAGGCCUCGCUAAGUGUUGGUGAAGUAGGAGCUCAGAUGAGGGCAGUAAGUUUAGCCAUCGCAACAAAAUACCCUCAGGCUAUCAGGACAGUUAGCUCUGCUUUGUCCCUCAACGUCUGGCUGGCUAGAUCCUCUCCUGCCGAGGAAGCAGCCAGUGGGGCGGUCCUCAUAGAUAAACUGUUGCACUGGCUCACAGAGGAUGUAGAGCGCCAGAAUAUACUGGAAGACAUGAUCAUUUUGAUGUUCCAGCAGGAUGAGGCGAAGGCCAGCGAGUUGAGGGACAAACUCAUCAAGAACUGGGAGAAGAGUCACGACAUGCAUGAGGUUAUGGUGGACAUUAUGGAAGCAGCGGUGCUCUGCCUGAAUGAGCUGAAAGGAGAGGGAAGUACUUCAGACCAGCAACAAGCGGCGCAUUUCUUUAACCUGAUCAGAAACUUUGAGUUUAUCUUUUCCACUGUGGUGCUGAAGAACGUCCUGGCCGUAACUAAAAAGCUCAGUCAGUCUCUUCAAGGAAAACCUUUAGAUAUGUUGCUCGCUGUGAGUGGCUUGCCUGAUCUCAAAGUGGCCCUCGGCAAACUAAAGAGCGAGAUUGACAUCCAUCACAAGUCCUGGUUUGAGGAAGCCGUCUCCCUGGCUUCUAAGCUCAACGUUCAGAUGCUGCAUCCAGUUCUUCUAGAGCCACUGAGUGACUUUUAUAAAGAAUCUGUCAGCAUCAAGGUGGUGGAGCACUCGAUAGCAGAAAUUGACGACCUCUUCACAGACAAGGUAUUGGAUACAUUAAGAUGUCUGGAGAUUGUGCCUUAUGCAAUGUUCAAAGUGGAAACUAGCAUCCUCAGCGGUCUCGUGUUUCGCCUGUACAAGGAGGACUUGCCAGACCAGUCCUCUCUUCACUCUGAGAUGAAGGCAUGGAAGGAGAAAUGGUUGGAUCCUCUGGCGGGUUACCUCCCAGCCACUGUGCUCGAUACGCUCAAAAUAUCCCAGAUCAGAAGUUUUAGUAAUAUCGAGACGCUCCUCAGGCUUCAGGUCAUUUUGCCCUUCUCAAGACGGGAGAGCAACUUCAGGCAGGGGAGGAGGAGUCUGCAGGAGUUCCUUCAGCAGGAGAAGAGAUCCCUCUCUGAGCUCCAUCCUCUGUAGAGGUUGCAGGUCUUCCGUUUGCAGCGUUGAGCAGUGUGUUUGGGAUGGAACCACCUAACUAAAGGACUGUUUAGCAUCCACGGAGAAACGUCCCUGUACAUUAGAGAAUCUUUCUGUCGUCAUCCUGCAACGCCCUAUCCUACGCUCUAUUAUUUCCUUUCUUUAAUUUUGUAGUUUGUACAGUUGUACCUCCCAAUGGGACCAAUAUCAUGGAAAAACACAAAGCCCAGCGAUGGUUCUCGGUGCUUGUGCCUUGAUGAGAAACUAAUCAUUUUUAACCUGUUUCAUGAUGAUUCAGAUGGUCAGCAUUGUCCCAUUGGUUUUAUUCCAGAAAAAAAAAAAGAUCAGAAACGACCAGAUUAAGUUCUCUCUGUUGUCGACUCAUUCUUAUUUUUAAAACGCACCCUUAUAUUUCUUGGGCACAAAUAGAAACGGUUAGUUCUACCACUUCUUCUGAUUAUUUUCCGUGUUUGCCAUCUCUUUGAGAGAAUUAAUUUGCUGUAAACGUAUGUUUGAGAAUAAUGUUUCCUUUAUAGGAAAAUCUUCAUAUAUAUUUGUCAAAAAACUGUAAUAAAAUGAUCCAAAAAUA